CCAGAGUGGAGCCUGCAGCAAGUCUCCUACCCGCAGUAGAAAGGACCCCAACACCUGUCCCCCACUAUACCUAGCAUCUCCUUCGAGCCACCGGUACCAAGUACUUCAAAGGAAGGUGCAAGAAACCCCAUUUUGGACAAUAAUGGAAUAACCCACCCAGAUGGAGAGUUUCUGGUGUGAGCAGAGAUGUGGGUGAGAAGAAUUGUGUAUACUCCUGCAGCGCCCGAGCCAGAAGGACUUGGAGAGACUCAAGCCCACAAGAUUGCCACAUCUGAAACCCACAGCUUCAACUUCCCAGCCUCUUAUGGGCCAGAAUUGAUUCCCUGCGGGGGGGACACCACCCUGGUCGAUGUCACCGCCGGCCUGGAGACUGAGUCCUCUAAUGGGAAGGAUCCCCUAGAAGGUGCUGGGGACAGUUCUGAAGUCUUGGACACUCAGACGGGUUCAGUGGAUGAAGAGAAUGGGCGACAGCUUGGGGAGAUAGAGCUGCAGUGCGGGAUUUGUACAAAGUGGUUCACAGCGGACACCUUUGGCAUUGAUACUACAUCAUGUCUGCCUUUCAUGACCAACUACAGUUUCCAUUGCAAUGUCUGCCAUCACAGUGGGAACACAUACUUUCUAAGAAAACAAGCAAAUCUGAAGGAAAUGUGCCUUAGUGCUCUGGCCAACUUGACGUGGCAGUCAAGGACACAAGAUGAGCACCCAAAAACUAUGUUCUCAAAAGACAAGGAUAUUAUACCAUUUAUUGACAAGUACUGGGAGUGUAUGACAACUAGACAGAGACCUGGAAAAAUGACUUGGCCAAAUAACAUUGUAAAAACAAUGUGUAAAGAAAGGGAUGUGUUCUUGGUGAAAGAGCAUCCAGACCCAGGUAGUAAAGAUCCAGAGGACGAUUAUCCAAAGUUUGGGCUACUAGAUCAGGACCUUGCUAAUAUUGGUCCAGCAUACGAUAACCAGAAGCAGAGCAAUGCUGUAUCUGCUAGUGGAAGCUUAAAUGGGGGCAUUCCAGCAGGAGGUAGUGGGAAAGGAAGAGGAGCAAAACGCAAACAGCAAGACGGAGGGACCACAGGAACAGCCAAGAAAACCAGAAGUGACCCCUUGUUUUCUGCUCAGCGCCUGCCACCUCACGGUUACCCUCUGGAGCACCCCUUUAAUAAAGAUGGAUAUCGUUACAUUCUGGCUGAGCCUGACCCCCAUGCGCCUGAUCCAGAGAAACUGGAGCUAGACUGCUGGGCAGGAAAACCUAUUCCUGGAGAUCUCUACAGAGCAUGCCUAUAUGAACGAGUCCUCCUAGCAUUGCAUGAUCGAGCACCUCAGCUAAAGAUCUCCGAUGACAGACUGACCGUUAUUGGAGAGAAAGGAUACUCUAUGGUACGAGCCUCGCAUGGGGUGCGGAAGGGAGACUGGUACUUUGAGAUAUCUGUGGAUGAGAUGCCUCCAGACACAGCUGCCAGACUUGGCUGGUCGCAGCCACUAGGGAACCUUCAGGCUCCCCUAGGCUAUGACAAGUUCAGUUACUCCUGGCGCAGCAAGAAGGGAACAAAGUUUCAUCAGUCCAUAGGCAAACACUAUUCAGCUGGCUAUGGGCAAGGAGAUGUACUGGGUUUUUAUAUCAGUCUUCCUGAAGACACAGAGACCGCAAAGUCACUGCCUGAUACCUAUAAAGAUAAGGCUUUGAUCAAGUUCAAAAGUUACUUGUAUUUUGAAGAGAAGGACUUUGUGGAUAAAGCAGAGAAGAGCCUAAAGCAAACUCCUGGAAGCCAAAUAAUCUUCUAUAAAAAUGGUGUCAGCCAAGGAGUUGCCUUUAAAGAGAUUUUUGAAGGUGUUUAUUUCCCGGCCAUUUCUUUGUAUAAGGGCUGCACGGUUUCAGUAAACUUUGGACCAUACUUCAAAUACCCUCCAAGAGAUAUCACUUACCGUCCCCUGAGCGACAUGGGCUGGGGUGCUGUUGUAGAGCACACAUUGGCAGAUGUCCUGUAUCAUGUGGAGACCGAAGUUGAUGGAAGACGAAGCCCACCGUGGGAGCCCUAGAGGAGAUGCUGUAUACACAGAUUUCUUAAACACUGGACAGACAUGGUUUAUUUCUAGAGAAUUGCAACAUCACUACUUUGUAAAGGAUGAACCAGGCUCAGCUGCUACCUAACUGGCAGGUAUUUAUAGAGGGCUUGGGUUAUUGGUGGUGGUAGGUGUACGCUAUAUUUUGAAAACCCAACCUCCUCCACGUUACAUGUAUUGUGCUACUCAGUGGUGUCUUCUGGAGUUUUCAGCUAACUGUAUUUUUAACAAGUUACUGGAGUGAGUAUUUGAUUGUAUCACAACUGCAUUUAAUAUCCAGAUUAGUCACUGCACCAGGAGUGGGCAAUAGCCAUACAGCCCUGCUUCAUCAUACAUUUCAAUUGAGCAGUUGUAGCCAAAUACCUUCAACACAGAUGCUUAUACUAAACUGUGUUAAGGAUUUUUAAAACUGUAAACAGCUUCCAUACAAAGGGAUCUUGUUGUACCAAAACUAAAGUUAUGGGGGAGAGAUUGUGAUUUUUAUAUUAACUGGCAACCAGUUUAAAAUAAACCUUUUCCCCAAGCUUA